AUGUCUAUAUAUCUCUUCAUCUUUGAGCCAUACUAUAAUAUAUCCCUUUAUUUCUUUAAAGCAUCUCUCUCAUAUAGUUUUUUUUUUGGCCGAUUGAACAUAACUCUUUGGCAUAAGGGCAUUUUGUGUCGACUCUCUGGGCGUUUCGUUCCCAGGCGAGCUUAUGUUUCUUUAUUCUGGACCUGCAAGAGAGAAUGCACGAAUGGUCUCUUGUACUGUGUUUUACGGUCUUUAUUGUCGUAUUUCACUGGCAGUUUCCUGCGCAAGUGUCCAGACGAGUUGGUUGUGGGUAUACGUUCUGGUCGCAAGAAAUUUCGUUUCCUGCGCAAGUGUCCAGACGAGUUGGUUGUGGUUAUGCGCAAUGUGCUAAACAAGAUUCUAGCACAGUUUUUGCGGUUUAUGAGUAGUAUAUUUUUCUUCACAGCUAUUUCUGUUUAUCUGUUCUCAGAUAGGAUAAGCUUUCUUUAUUCUGGACCUACAAGAGAGAAUGCACGAAUGAUUUCUUGUACUGUGUUUUACGGUCGUUAUUGUCGUAUUUCACUGGCAGUUUUCUGCGCAAGUGUCCAGACGAGCUGGUUGUGGAAUUUGACAUUCUCUCUGCAAAGUAUACGUUCUGGUCGCAAGAAAUUUUGUGUCGACUCUCUGGGCGUUUCGUUCUCAGGCGAGCUUACGUUUCUUUAUUCUGGACCUGCAAGAGAAAAUGCACGAAUUAUCUCUUGUACUGUGUUUUACGGUCUUUAUUGGCGUAUCACACUGGCAGUUUCCUGCGCAAGUGUCCAGACGAGUUGGUUGUGGUUAUGCGCAAUGUGGUGCGGAAAAUUUAGUUCUGAAAACAUCCGUUAG